GCCCGCACCCCCUUUUUGCCCUAAAACCCCAACCCCACCCCACACCGCCCUCGCCGCCGGCGUGUGGAGACAACGCCGCCGCAUCUCUCCCUCUCUCUCUCUCUUCUCGCUACUGGUCUCUCGCCCCGCGCCGCCGCGCGGCAACCGUAAUCUCGCAGGGGGGGCGCCGAGGCCGGGCUCCUUGCCGCCCUCGCCCCGCGCCGCCGGAACCCGCUCCGCCCUCUAGGUCUCCUUCCGCCGAGGCGCUCCUGCCACCCCGAAUCGAAGGGGGGUUACUUCUCUCGGGUGGGUCUUCUCCCGUGGUUGAGACGGCGUCGUCGUCGUCCUCCGUUCUACUGGAAGUGGCGCGGAUCCGGACCUGGAUUGAUUUCCUUCCCCGCGCCACUGUAUUAGGAAAAACUUGUUUCCUCUUUUUCGCAUCACAUUUUGAUGUGCUUUGAUGGCAAGUAAUAUGCAACCUUCUGGGCCACCGCAGCAAUCUAGGCCCCCUAUGAUGGGCUCUAGUGUCCCACCACAAAAUCUGGGACCUCCGAUGCCUAUGCAGUUUAGGCCGGUGAUUCAUCAGCAACAACCUCCUCAGUUCAUGCAACCGGGGCAGCAGUUUCGACCUGUUGGUCAGGCCAUGCCAGGAGCUAAUAUUGGCAUGCCAGGUCAGAUGCCACAUUUUCAGCAACCUACACAGCACUUGCCUCACUCUGGUCAAGUUCCACCUGCAUCACAAGCAGUUCCUAUGGCUUAUCAGCCAGCUAGACCUAUGUCAUCUGGGCCUCUGCAGCCGCCAGCGACAUUCUCUGGAGGCCAUAUGCCCACCAUGGGAGGCCCUAUACCGCCUCCAUCCUAUACGGCUACACUGCAGUAUCAACCAUCAUCUGUUCCUCCUCCCAUAGUGCAAUCUUGGGGUACAGCUCCAGGUCAGAAUGUACCUCUUGUGCAGCCUGGGCAUCAGCCGAUGUCAUCUUCCGCUACAAUGCCUUCAAUCAAUUCCAGCGAAACUAGCUCUUCAGACUGGCAAGAGCACACUUCAGCUGAUGGGAAAAAGUACUACUAUAAUAAGAAGACAAGGCAAUCAAGUUGGGAGAAACCUGCUGAGUUGAUGACACCGUUGGAGAGAGCUGAUGCCUCUACUGAAUGGAAAGAAUUUACUACACAAGAGGGUCGAAAGUACUAUUACAAUAAGGUGACAAAGCAAUCCAAAUGGACGAUUCCAGAUGAGUUAAAGAUUGCGCGUGAAUUAGCAGAGAAGGCGUCAAAUCCACGCCCUGAUCAAGAAACGGAAACAACUGCUGGUGCUCCUUCUGGACCCACUUCAAACUCUGUGGAACCUUCUUCUGUACCUGCUAACCAGUCCUCCACAACGAUUAUGGGUGCUCCAAGUACACUUGAUGCAGCAGCGAACUCUGUUCCUCCUGGUGCUGGCCCUUCGCACAAUAUGGAGAACACCUCCAGUUCAUCUAAUACUGCCAUGCAAAAUGGUGGUCCAAGUACCGUUGUUACUCCUGUUAUAAGCACAGAAAUUCCAUCAGUUGCAAGUGAUGCAGGGAUUAGCAGAGCCAAUAACGAAUACCCAUCUCUAGCUAGCACUGCUGACACUCAAAAUGGAGCAUCUGCUGAAGAAUUGGAGGAGGCCAAAAAGACCAUGGCAGUUCCAGGGAAGAUCAAUGUUACUCCAGUAGAAGACAAAACUAGUGAAGAAGAACCUGUGACCUAUGCUAAUAAGUUGGAAGCUAAAAAUGCGUUCAAAGCUCUGCUUGAAUCAUCAAAUGUUGAGUCUGAUUGGACAUGGGAUCAGGCUAUGAGGGUCAUCAUAAAUGACAAAAGGUAUGGUGCCCUCAAAACUCUUGGGGAGAGGAAGCAAGCUUUUAAUGAGUAUCUAAACCAGAGGAAAAAGCUUGAAGCAGAAGAAAGACGUAUCAAACAGCGGAAGGCACGUGAUGAUUUUUUAGCUAUGCUAGAAGAAUCUAAGGAGCUUACUUCAUCAACAAGAUGGAGUAAAGCAAUAACUAUGUUUGAGGAUGAUGAACGGUUUAGUGCUGUUGAGCGUCCAAGGGAGCGUGAAGACUUAUUUGAGAGCUAUCUUAUGGAACUACAGAAGAAGGAAAGAGCCAGGGCUGCUGAAGAGCACAAAAGGCACAUAGCAGAAUAUAGAGCUUUUCUCGAGUCAUGUGAAUUCAUAAAGACAAGUACCCAGUGGAGAAAAGUUCAAGAACGUCUUGAGGAUGAUGAACGCUGUUCCCGACUUGAAAAGAUCGAUCGACUGGAGAUUUUCCAAGAGUAUAUAAGGGAUCUGGAGAAAGAAGAGGAAGAGCACAAGCGGAUACAUAAGGAACAAGUAAGGAGGCAAGAGCGCAAAAAUCGUGAUGAAUUUCGCAAGAUGUUGGAAGAACAUGUAGCUGAAGGAAUGCUUACUGCAAAAACUCGUUGGCGUGAUUACUGUGCCCAGGUUAAAGAUUCCUCUGUGUACUUGGCUGUGGCCUCGAACAUAAGUGGUUCAAUGCCAAAAGAUCUGUUUGAAGAUGUAAUGGAGGAGCUUGAGAAACAGUAUCAAGAUGACAAAGCCCGAAUUAAAGAAGCAGUGAAGUCUGGAAAGAUUCCUAUGACGACUUCAUGGACACUAGAGGAUUUCGAAACUGCUGUUACGGAGGAUGAUACUUUGAAAGGAAUAACAAACAUAAACAUGAAGCUUAUUUUUGAUGAUCAAGUUGAAAGGCUCAGGGAAAAGGAGGUAAAGGAAGCAAAGAAGCGCCAGCGUCUGGGUGAAAAUUUCUCAGAUCUUUUGUACUCAAUCAAGGAAAUAUCAGCUUCUUCAACAUGGGAUGAUUCUAAAGCACUAUUCGAAGAUAGCCAAGAGUACAAGGCAUUGGACAGCGAAACAUACUCUAGAGAGCUUUUCGAAGAGUGCGUUGUCCACUUGAAAGAAAGGUUAAAAGAGAAAGAGCGCUUGAGGGAGGAAGAAAAGGCAAGAAAAGAGAAGGAACGUGAAGAGAAAGAACGGAGGAAAGAGAAAGAAAAGAAGGAGAAAGAACGCAAAGAAAAAGAAAGAGACAAGGAGAAAGAAAGAGAAAAGGACAAAGGAAAGGAUCGGUCGAGGAAAGAUGAGAUGGAUAUUGAUGCUGUUGAUGCAGAUAGCCAUGGCUCAAAAGACAAGAAAAGAGAAAAGGACAAGGAAAAGAAGCAUAAGAGACACCACCAUGACACUGCAGAUGAUGUGAGCUCUGAAAGGGAUGAGAAGGAUGACUCUAAAAAGUCUCGUAGACAUAGCAGUGAUCGCAAGAAAUCAAGGAAGCAUACCCAUGCUUCGGACUCUGAUAGUGAAAAUCGGCACAAAAGACACAAAAAGGAUCGAGAUAGCUCCCGCAGAAAUGGCACACGUGAUGACCUUGAAGAUGGUGAACUUGGAGAAGAUGGGGAGAUUCAUUAGUCAUUCGUUUCUCCGCUGAGAUUUAUCACAAUACAGUCCCCCCUCCUGUUUUGGACAUAUGAAAUGGUGCAUUUUGUUGGCAACUAUAAAUGCUUUCCUCCAGAGAAGGACAAUUUCUUUAUGGGGAUUAUCUUCUUGUCUUGAUCUGGCUUGUUGGAAAUGGACAAUAAUAGCCUUCAUUGUUUGGAUGCUCACAAUGUAGUCAUGAAGGUUCUUGUACUGCAAAACUUUUGUUGCCUUUAGUUAUCUUCUUAUCCCCUUCCCUUUGUCAGUCUGGGUAUAGGUUGUAUUUGUUAUAGGAGGGGGAGGGCUGUAAAGUGUUUAGUGGCUGAAAAAGAUCCUUUAGAAGGUUAGGUGCGAAAUGCAUGCAAUGCUGAGGUUUAUAACUGAAUUUCGUUGAAUCAUCUGUGCCCAGUGGCCACUGUAUCCUGAUUA